AUGUUUGAUAAAAAGAUUAAGCUCAUGACAAAUAUGAAAUCUGCAAACAACACCAUUAUUUCUAAAGAGAUAAGACAUGAAGAUGUUUUUAAAACGUAUAAGAUAGAUUUUGCUAAAUGUGAAAAGAAAUAUUACCAUUCAGAUUGUAUCAAUCCGCAUUGUUUAUGUGAACUUAGAGAACUAAAUGUCGAUGAUAAACCAAAUUGUAUGCUUCGAAAACCAAAUACUUUUGUCGGAUUAAAAAAUUUAGGAUCAACUUGUUAUAUUAACAGUUUACUCCAACUAUGGUUUCACAAUAUAAAUAUUAAAAACGCAAUAUUAAAUUGGGAUCCCGUAAAUGAUGAAAAUGAAAAACAAAACCACACUCUUUUCAUUGAUAACGCAUAUGAGCCAAUGACUGCAAUUGGUCAACUUCAAUUAAUAUUUGCUUUGAUGGAGUUUGGCAAUCAGCCAACAGUAGAUCCUAAACCUCUCGUAACUUGUUGUGGUAUUAAUGCUGCUAUGGAAGAGGACUCGGAAGAAUUUCAAAAUUAUUUGUUGACAUUAUUUCAAGAUCAGUCAAAUUCACAAUCCAUUCGAGAAAUGGUAAAAAAUAAUUUUUUUGGCGAUUAUAACAGUGUCAUUACAUGUUUAGCGUGUAAAACAGAAUCAAUAACUUCUUCACAAUUUGGGCAAAUUUAUUUAAAUGUUAAAGGUCAUACAACCUUAACUGAAAGCUUACAAGAGUAUUUUAAUAAAGAAAACAUGAUAGGAGACGAAAAAUAUUUUUGUACUAAAUGUAAUAAAAAACAAAACGCUGUUCGUCAAAUUGUAUUAACUUCAUUACCUCAUCUUAUACAUUUAAAACUCAUGCGCUAUAUGUAUGAUAACAAUUUAAUGAAGGUAACAAAAUUAAGGACGGAAAUAACAUGUCCUUACUCCAUAGAUAUGUCAAAGUAUUUAGAUGUAUCAUGUGCAUCAUCAAAAGACAACUGUAAGUUUGAACUAUAUGGGGUUUUGAUACACAAAGGCCCAAGUUCAAAUGUUGGUCAUUUCAUUACACACAUUAAAGAUCUUAAAACCGAAAAAUGGUAUGAAAUGAAUGAUGAAAUUGUGAAAAAUUUGAAUAUCUACAAUUCAAAUGUGCACAAUGGAAACAUAUUUAAGGGAUUUACAUCAAAUGAACAUAUCAAUAUUCAAACAAACGAGUUCAAAACUAAUGAUGCUUACAUGUUGGUGUACAUAAAUACUUCCAUAGUAAUGAAGGUAAAAACAGAAACAUCUUCCUGCACAUUAUCACCACGACUGGCUCAAUAUGUUAAAAGCUGUAACAAUGAUUAUGAAAAAACCGUAUCAUUUGACAUUGGAAUUAUAAAAUAUGAACUCUCAUUAGCAAAUUUGGUCAGAAAAAUGAAAUCUAUAAAAAUAAAAAACAAUGAAGGAGAUGCUAUUUCGAUGGAGUGGCUAAAAUCAUUUAGGCUCUCAAUCCCUGAUGAUAAAGUCAACAAAAUAGACAACAAAUCCAUAGUAUGUUCUCAUAAUAAACUGAAUCCUAAUGCAUUACACACAACCAAAUACAUAGGAACAGAACUGGCUGAUAGACUGUAUGCUUUGUAUGAUGGGGGUCCAAGGCUUAGGUUAAAUUCAUCAUUAUGUGAGGCUUGUGUUAUAAAUAGAUAUGCUGUAUAUUGUAUGAGUAACUUAACCAAUGAACAUAGACAAUUAAUAUCCAGGACUCCAAAAUUGGCCUCCACUAGAGUUGUAGACAAUACCAUGGGCAAGGAAAGUUUUAAAGAAAAUGAUAUUGAAGAACCCGAUUCUGAGAUAGCUAUUGAUGAUUACUUCAAAUCCUUAGAAACUCUACGCAGUCGCAUAAUGCUCAUAUCCAACAUCAACAUUAAUAGUUUGGACAAUGUUUUUAGUGAAAUCCAACAUAAGCCAUGGACAUUAAAUGAAGACAUAACAUGCCCACACGGUAACUUGUGUAUAGCUAAGGAGACAAUGAGAUUAGUUCCAGAAGAAGUAAAGAAUAUACUUCAAAUUUAUUUUCCUAAAACACAACUUUUUGUUAAAAACACCAAACCAUGUAGUCUGUGUAAAACACAAUAUAAAGGAUAUCUCCAGAGAAAUAUAUUAGUUAUGGAAGCUGUUUUACAGGAGAACUUUUUAAAUUUUUUAAUUUUUGACGAUAUAAGAUUGAAUGAUUAUUACACACAAGAAAAUCAUCCAUAUUUUUGCAUUACUAAAGACUUUAUUGAAUCUUUUAGAAGAUUUGUAUCCUGUGCAGGUAUGGCACCCAAACCUCAAUUAAUCAAUAAAUCACUCCUUUGUGAAGAUCACAAUGAAUUGCUAUUUGAACCAACAUCUAAUUUUUCUUUAACAAAUCAGAGUGCAUCAGUGAUAAUAACUAAAAAUGAAUGGUUAGGUCUAAUAGAUCAUUAUGAAGCUGACUAUGGAGUAUUUGUGUAUUUUGAUAAAUAUGGAAUGUAUCAAAAGUCCAUACCUAAAGUCUGCCAAACAUGUAUAAAAACACUGAACAAAGAAAAAAACUGCGAGGAUGAGGUUUUAGGAAAUAGUGUAAAGAAAUUUAAACAAGAUGUUGCAUUGACAAAUGACUCAAGUGAAUAUAAAGCAACGGCCUCUUCAAUAAACAUUUACAAUAGGACUUCUGAUUAUAGAACCAGAUGUGUACAAAAACAAAUGUCACAGAAUCUAAGUAUUAAAAUGUCAUCGAAUGAUACAGUUUUUUUACUUAAAAAGAAGAUAGAGGAAGUAUUCAAUGUCUUGCCCGAGAAUCAAAUUUUAAAAACAGCAUUAGGAAAACCAUUAAUUGAAGGCGGAGCAAAAUUAAGAGAUCUGAAAAUCUAUCCUGAAUCAGUGAUAAUAGCAGAGUUUAAUGAUGGAAAUGUUAACUAA